GGCUCAGUGCCGGCGAUGGCGUUCGCGGUGCGGCUGCGCGGGCUUCCCCCGAACCUUCGCACCCACCUUCGCACGCGGCUCCGGGCUACGGCGGGGCCCGAGGCGGUGGGCUGCGGGCGGCGGGGCGGUCCGAGCCUUCGGCUGGGUGGCAGCGAGAUUCUUGGAAAUGCUGUAGUUUUCAAAAGGGGCCUUAUAAUCUCAGCAUUGUCUUCUUUGGGCUUUGAAACUUAUCAACUGAUUUCUCAGUCUGCUGUGGUUCACGCUGAAGUCAAUGUUGAGGAAAUCCUUGAACAAGCAGACUACCUAUAUGGCAGUGGAGAAAUAGAAAAACUUUAUCAUUUGCUAGCCCAAUACAAACAAAGUGAGGAUGCAGAAUUGCUAUGGCGUCUGGCACGGGCAUCCCGAGAUAUAUCUCAACUUAGUACUACCUCUGCGGAAGAUAAGAAACGGCUGGUAUAUGAAGCUUUUGCAUAUGCAAAAAAAGCACUUGAAAAAAACGAAUCAAGUUCUGCAGCUCACAAGUGGUAUGCUAUCUGUAUCAGUGAUGUUGGAGAUUAUGAAGGUAUCAAGGUUAAAAUUGGAAAUGCCUUCAUUAUCAAAAAACAUUUUGAGAGAGCAAUUGAACUGAAUCCUAAAGAUGCCACCUCAGUUCACCUUAUUGGUCUUUGGUGUUAUUCAUUUGCUGAAUUGCCUUGGUACCAAAGAAACAUUGCUAAAGUGUUGUUUGCAACUCCUCCCACUUCCACAUUCGAGGAGGCUCUAAAAUACUUUCAAAUGGCAGAACAAGUAUAAUGUGCUGACGUGUAUACCAGAGCCUGUGUUAAGUGCUACGAAGAACGAUGGACCAGGAACCAGUAAAUCUAGUCACAGACUGGCCAUCUGUAUCCUUAAAAGUCACUUACCCUCCUCAAGCUUUUUGUUGCCUCAUUUGUACUUCUUUGAACUUAUAUAAUCUUUCUUUUCUAACCACUGCAGCAACUGAAAUUAUGUCUAUUAAGAUUCACCCUGAAAGUGGAAUAUUCAGUUCAGAACAGAGAGAUGAGAGAGCAUGAAGUAAUAAAACUGCUUUCUGGUCACACUCAGAACCACUUUGGCCUCAGUGGUGGUCAUCUGAGAAGUGUGGUUUGUUUUGUUUUGUUUCACAUAUUACAUUGAGUUGUUUGGUCACAACAUGUCUAACACAACUGAUGUGGAUGUUUUGGCCAAAAUUAUAAUUUUCCCAGAAAUGCUUUUGAUGUAAACAGUUGAAUAAAAAAAAGAACUACAGCAGUAUGCUCCUUGCACAUGAAAGUCAUUAACCUGUUCAUGAAAUUUAGACAGAAAAUCCAUAGUCUUUACAAAUCAAAACAGUGUGACUGCUACCAAAUUGAGGUGAAUAUGUUCUUUCUUCUGU